GGUGGGGGGGGAGGCUGACACGGUGACGUAGUGCCUGCCGGGCGGGUCCCGUGAUGGCUGGCGGUGGCGCCGCUGCCGCCGUCGCUCUGUCACUCGCCGCUCUUCCGGCUGCUGCCCCAGGACCUGUUGUCGGACACCGCGCUGCCGCCGGUGCUGUCACCAUGGCCGAGGAUGAAAACCUGGAGACCCCUAGCGAAGAGUCAGGAUGGCUUUCCAGUUGGCUACCUGCAUGGUGUCCUACAUCACUAGUGCAUCUUAAAGAUGCUGAAGAGAAAAUGUUGAAAUGUAUCACAAGUUCAUACAGUAAACAAUAUGUCUUCAUAUCCAAUGGAAAUAAAAUAUGGACGCUAACAUUCUCUCAGAACCUUUCACAGAAAACUCCACUUGUUCUCCUCCAUGGGUUUGGAGGAGGUGUUGGACUUUGGGCUCUGAACUUUGAAGACCUUUGUGAAAAUAGGACCGUGUAUGCGUUUGAUCUCUUAGGAUUUGGACGCAGUAGUAGACCACUGUUUGACACUGAUGCAGAAGUAGCAGAAAAACAGUUUGUAGAAUCUAUUGAAGAAUGGAGACGGAAAAUAGGGUUGGACAGGAUGAUUUUGCUUGGACAUAACCUGGGUGGAUUCCUGGCAGCUGCUUACUCACUGAAGUACCCAUCAAGGGCAAAGCAUCUGAUAUUAGUGGAGCCAUGGGGUUUUCCAGAAAGGCCUUCCAAUGCUGAACAUGAGAGACCAAUUCCUAUCUGGAUCAAAGCACUUGGAGCAGUUUUGAGCCCCUUCAAUCCACUGGCUGGUCUCAGGAUAGCAGGACCCUUUGGAUUGAGCCUUGUACAGCGUAUUAGGCCAGACUUCAAAAGAAAGUAUUCUUCUAUGUUUGAUGAUGAUACCGUCACAGAAUAUAUCUACCAUUGUAAUGUGCAGUCACCAAGUGGUGAAACAGCUUUCAAGAACAUGACAGUUCCAUAUGGAUGGGCAAAAAGGCCAAUGCUACAACGGAUUGCUGAGAUGCACCCAAACAUUCCUAUCACUGUGAUUUAUGGAGCACGGUCAUGUAUAGAUGGCAAUUCUGGGACCACCAUCCAGUCCUUGCGACCAAAUUCCUAUGUGAAAACCAUAGCUAUCCUUGGUGCAGGUCAUUACGUGUAUGCUGAUCAACCUGAAGACUUCAACCAGAAAAUAAAAGAGAUCUGCAAUUCUGUGGACUGAUGGCAUUCUGCUUUUUGGAAAACCAGCCACAGAUAGAAUUCAAAGCAAUACCUUGUAGAAUAUUAUAAAUGUUAAGGAAUACAGACUUUUUUUUUUUUAAAAAAAGGUUUUGUUUCCACCAUCUCUUUCAAGAUGUUUGUAUGCUCUAAACUACUCAGUGCCUUUUGCUGGGACGGGGAGAUAUAAAAAAAACAACUUUGUACAGUUUAGUACUGUUCUUUUUAUGUUUAGAUAGGGUAUUUGUGUCUAUAUAAAAUAUAACAUUUUUAAACUGGAUUUUUAAAAACUGUUCUACACAUACAGCAGGGUUUUCUGUAUUUAAGAUUUUCAUAAAUGGUGAGUAAAAAUGCAGUUCAGCUACUUCAGCAUCCAUAUGUUGUGGUCUUCAUACACUGAUCUUUUUAAGAAUGUGAAAGUUUUUCCUCUUUCAAACAGAAGAGUGUAUAUGUAGAAUAUCUUAACUGUUUAUUGUAGCUUAUGAAGUGGGACUUUGCCAAAACAAUUCUCAUCUGUGUUCUUUUUCUUGAUGCUCAGUGCUAAGAGUUGAGGAAAAGCUGGGUAGUAGUGAAAUUCCCCACCUCACCCUUGAAAUAUUUUUGUCAGUUCAGUAAAUUUUGUUGUGUUCAGUUUCCUAGGGAGCUUCAUUUUGGAAGAUGCACUAAUAUUGCUAAUACUUGUGCUUUUAAAGAGAUGCUGUAGUGUAGAGCCCAGUGGAUUUGAAGACUAAAAUGCUUUUUUAGUUGCACGACUACUACAAAUAUACAACCUGCUUAUUUGGAAAAGCAAUUAUUACAGGAUUCACUGUUGGCCGAAUUCUCAAGCUUUUGGAAGUUAGUAAGAAUUCCACUUGAAAAUCUCUCUCAGUCUUGCUUUUUCUUAUAAAUGAUUGGAAUAGUGAGCCAGUAACUGGAAAAUGCAUAACCAUGUCAACACCAGCUAUCCUAUAGACAUUAAACAAUGCAAAUAAAUACAGAAACAGACUCUUACCUCACCAUUUUAAAUAAGAAUACUUGAUUGUACGCAGUAUUUUAUAUUUAGGCUCUGGUUCUUUACAAGACUGUUUGCUUAUCUUAAGGGCAAAUGAAGUAGUUUGUAAAUCCAAAUGUUUGCACAAUAACUUAUUGGUUAGCUUUUCAAUACUGAAUCCUUGAUCUUUUUUUCCAUAGUGUCUUUGAACCAGUCUGAAGUUAUUCUUAAAAAUAAAUUAUUUUGCUUUCUCUUAAAUAUACAAGCCCAGUGCAGAUAUUGCUUGGAGGCGGAACUGAAUCCUGGUUUUCCAUGAUAUCCUCUAGUUUUAUGCAUGGACAGUACAAUCCCUGCUUCAGAUCCUAGUUUAUCUGGCUAGAAUGAGUCAGGAUUGCCCAGUUCAGACAUUACAACAGCCCCUGGCUUGCACUAAACCACAAUCAGCAGUAGAAUUAUUUCUGUCCUUGAGCUCAAAGAGGAAAGUGGAGUUCACUGUGGCUAGGAGACAAUGAGUGCUUUCUUAUGAUUGGAGAAAGGGCUCAAAAGAGGUGAGGGGAGAAAGCCUUGAAACACCUCCCCUGCAGACGAUCCUCUCUCCCUUGCUGAGCGAGCAGAUCACUCGCCCAGAGGAUUCCGGGCUCCUGCCGACAGCAGUGAGUUUUUGGGGACAGAAGUGAGUGCGUUUUUGGGGCUGGAAGCGAGUGCACGGUACAUUAUGGGGAGCCUCCUGAUGCCUAUUGGGAGGCUACUUGUGUGUAGGAGCCGCACAGUUUAAACCCUGGCUAACAGCUGGGCACCCAACAGGGUUUGCCACUGGGAGCCACAUGGCUCCCAGUGGUUCACACGCACCAGCAAAUCUGGACUGGGCUUUCCUAGUCCAGUUUUGCCUGUGCAUGUUUAGCCCCACUGUGUAAAACCUUCAUUCUUUGCAUGAUGUUUGAUUGUCUUAUGGUAAUGAAAAAGGGUUCCCUCUAAGAGGUUACUUCUUCAGCACUGUGAUAAUAUUGGUCAUAUCCUGUAAUUCUUGUGGCUAUUUUUAUGCUGAACUUUGGCACCAUUGUGCAAUUGUGCAAUUGAGUUUGUGUGGGGGUUUUUGACCAGUAAACCUUGUCUUCAAAACUAAAUAGCAGAUCUUGAUUUUUCUUUUAGUAUGCAAUUUUUACUUUAAGGAGCAGUAUAGUAACUCUUCAGUGAAGAAUUUAAUUUUAUACUUCUCGGUUUGUGUUGGACAUUUAGAAUGUGUAAGAAAGACCAGCUGAAGAAAAGGUUGUUCUUUAGACUUCCUUUUAAAAAGUAAUUUUUGCCUGUAUCAGAUGACUUUCAGAACUGAUACCACAUGAAACAAACCAAUUAAACCCUUCUGUUGACUGAAUUUUGUAAUUUUAGAAACUUAAAUGUUGGGAGCACCACAUUGCCAUAUUUUAGGAAUAUAGAUAAAGGAUUCAGUGCCAAAUAUAGACAUUUCUUCACUUAUCCUUACUCUUCCAGCUAGCUCUGCUAGUAAAUAACUCUUUAUGUAUGUUUUGCACAAUUAAAUACUUCAGUUUACAUUU